AGCCCAGCGUCCAUCUGCGCUUCAGAGACAGAAGGGCGCUCCCGGGACGCUGGUUGGUCGCGCUCCCUCGGGAUGCGAGUUCCUGCACCGACGCCCAGCAGAGCCCGACAUGGGCGCGGCUACUCCCCGUGCCCUGGGAUGAGGCUGUCUUGGGGGGCCCGGCGCCCCGCCGCGGCCGGCUCCGCGGGCCCCUGAGGCCGCCGCCCUGUGCGCUCCGCUGCUGCGCUCCCAGAGCUGCCUGGGGCGCCCUCCACAACCGCCGAACCUGCUGAGGUCUUCCCUGACUUGGACCCAUGGAACCCGCGGUGCUGGCCUCGCACAACCUCCCGCAUCACGAACCAAUCAGCUUCGGCAUUGAUCAGAUCCUGAGCUGCCCGGAGCCCCCGGGGAGCGGUCUAGGCCCGGGUCGCACGGGCCAGGGCCACGGGGAGAGCGCGGCGUUCUCAGGUGGAUUUCAUGGAGCCUCAAGCUACGGCCCCUCAGGCUCCCUGGGCCCGCUACCCGGCAGCUCCGGCGUGAUCCGCGUCCCAGCGCACCGCCCGCUGCCCGUGCAGCCGCCCGCGGGAGGCGCGCCUGCGAUGCCGGGCCCCUCGGGCUUGGGCGGCGCCGGGGGCCUAGCGGGACUCACCUUCCCGUGGAUGGACAGCGGACGCCGCUUUGCCAAGGACCGUCUCACCGCCGCGCUCUCCCCCUUCUCCGGGACGCGCCGCAUCGGCCACCCUUACCAAAACCGGACCCCGCCGAAGAGGAAGAAGCCGCGCACGUCCUUCUCGCGUUCGCAGGUGCUAGAGCUGGAGCGGCGCUUCCUGCGCCAGAAGUACCUGGCCUCGGCGGAGAGGGCGGCGCUGGCCAAAGCCCUGCGCAUGACCGACGCUCAGGUCAAGACGUGGUUCCAGAACCGGCGCACCAAGUGGCGGCGCCAGACGGCGGAGGAGCGCGAGGCGGAGCGGCACCGCGCGGGCCGACUGCUCCUGCACCUGCAGCAGGACGCGCUACCGCGGCCGCUGCGGCCGCCGCUGCCUCCGGACCCGCUGUGCCUGCACAACUCGUCACUCUUCGCGCUGCAGAACCUGCAGCCCUGGGCCGAGGACAACAAAGUGGCUUCGGUGUCCGGGCUCGCUUCGGUGGUGUGAGAUGCGCCUGUCUGGCUGGCGGAGCGCUCUUCCGUCUCGAAGCGCUGCCUGGAGCGCGGCGGCCAGGGCGGAGGGGCGUGCGCCUACCCUUUCCGCGGCCGUAGCAGCGCCACGCAGGAGUAGCAGCCCGCCUUGAGGCUCUCGGCCGCCACGGGCUUUCGGGGCAGCGUGGCACACUUGCCCCGCACGCGGCCUUUCCCACAGGCGUUUUCCACUCCUACCGUCUUACGGCUGUUGGGACCUGAGGCGCCGAGAGGCCUGGACCUGCCAAUGAGGUGCGGGGAGGGGGCGCUGGCUGGUGCUUUCCCGAGGGA